UACCAUCAAAUUUAUGAAAUAUUUAUUGUUAAAAAAUGCACACGAAGUUUGCGAAAUAAAUAUUUUUGCCAAACGAUCGCCAAAUAGCAACAUUGUUCAGUAUUGUUUACAACCUUCUCCCAAAAAAAGCGAAAUAGAAUCGUCGCAUACCACGUGAUGUAGGCGGGGCCAAGUGCCAACUCCUGGUGAACGAGCUAUAUCCACCUGGGUUUUUUACACGUUAUGGAAGGUCUUUUUUUUUUUAAUAGUUAUAACUCUAUUUAAACUGCGUCCCUUAACUCUGGUUUUCGAAAAACAUAGUUUAACCAUCAGUUGCUAUGCUAUUAUUUUAAACUAUGUAUAUAAUCUUGCCGUAAAGAACUAUUUGGGUUUUAGAACAUACAAAUAACUUAAACAUUUAAAAAAUUAUUAAAUUUGGCGAUAUUUUUCCAGCUAGAUGAAAAUUAUCAAAUUCACUGCCUUUUUCUCAGUUUUUGCAAAUUUUUAUGAGCCCAGGUACUGCUGCAUUGGCGUAAGUUUUUGAAGAUUAAAAAAUUAGACCACAAACGCUUUUCAUUUUCACACAACUGUGGCUUUCCUUCACAUUGGCGUUUCUAAAAUAAGCGUAGGCAGCGCUGGCUUUAGAUAGGCUAAACUUGACCUAACCGUCAUGAGUAACAGUAACAAAUUCACAGCCGUUAUAAAAAUUGGCUAUUAUUUGCAAAACAGGAUCAUUUCAUUUUACGACAGAGCCUUCGAAAAAUAUCCUUAGAGAAAAUAUCUCGUAUUUUUUAGUGUAACAGUUUUAAUUAAACUAAUUUAAAUGUAGGGUUGUUGUUAUUUGUUUUAAAUUUGUAUGAAAUUUAAUAAAACGUUGCCUUAAUUCUGAGAUUUUUAAAAAAUGAAUUGUUUGAAUAAAACAGCCAUUUUGUUGUAUAGUCAGUCAUAUAUGAGGAUGGCAAAUGUUUUGAAAUGAUUAAAAAUAAAGAAUAUUUAGACAAUUUUUGUAAUUAUUUCAUAACUUUAAACUAAUUUUAUUAUUAAAUAAGUUCCGAAAUAUGGUUCUAAUAGUUAAGUCUGGAAAGUGAGUUUGAGUUCUUAAAUGUUAAGUUUACUUUUUGAGUACUUUACUAUAUAUCGGGAACAUUUUAAAUGAAUUGAAAGCUUAUUGAAAACAACAAUAAAUAUCGUUAAACCGAAAAUAAUUUCCUGAAAAAAAUAGUUUUAUAAUUAUUAAUUAUUUUUUGCUCACUACUUUUUAUAUUUUUAUCUAGUUAAAGCUAAAACACUUUUGAAUUUUACGGUAAGCAAAUUUUUAUCGAUUCAAUUUUAAAUGACACAAUUUGAACGGAAUAUGUGGAAUAGUUUCUGUGUUAUUAAAUUUCAUUACUGUUGCAUUGUUAAAUCUUCAUUUCACAUUUCAUUCAAUUGAAUUCAUUCACUUUUUGUAAAGGUUUAGUUAAAAUUGUGUCGAAAAAAAGGGUUUAGAAUGCUUGAAUAGUUAAGAAAUUUUCGACAAUUAUCUAAUAAUUGAUUAUUAAAAUUCUUUUUGCUUGGAAUUUCUUUUAAAUAAACGAGUUUUAUCAUUGAUGUCUAAAGCAUUGCAAAAGUGAAAUUAUCAUUAGGGUGAGCAGCGAGCAUUACCCCCUAGUAUAAAUUUGUUUUAUGUUUCUUAUUAUAAUAUUGUGAUUUUUAUUCGUUAUUUUUCUACGUGAGCCAAUAGACAGAAUGUACUUUGCUGGUACAGAAACGGCAAUUGAAUGGUCUGGUUAUAUGGAAGGUGCUAUUGAAGUAGGAGAGAGAACUGCUCGAGAAAUUUUGUAUUCAAUGGGCAAAAUAACACGUGAUAAAAUAUUUCAACAGGAACCUGUGUCUACAGAUGUCGUACUGAAACCUUUUGAGGUUACUUUAGCAGAGAAAUAUACACCAUCUGUCCCAUUUUUCUUGAAGUUAAUGGCAUUAUCUGCAGUUGGAAUAGGAGUACUAACUGUAUUGAAAUGUCCUAAAUUUAAAUUAGUAAAAUUUAAUAUUGUGUCUUGUUUCAAACCGCAUUAGAUGUUUAUACUUUUGUAAUUUCUUAAUCUAUCAUAUGUUUCAUAGAAUUUAUACUAUAAAUAAAAUGCAAUUCUUCUUUG